AUGCCGUCUGAAUUACUUCACUUACCACCACUUUACACACUGGUAGGUAUAUACAGAUUGUUGACAGACCCCUUCAUACGUGGACCAGUAUUAGACAAGAUCAAACAUGCUUCCAUAAGAGGUAUUCUAGUCGCGGGUGUGUACGCAGUUGGGAGUUGGAAUCUAAUGGAUUGGUUCAUAAGGAAAUUCUUGAUUGGGAAAGGAUGGAAUAUAUUUAAAUCCAAUAAAGUGAUGGAAGAAAGUGUUGGUGGGGUAGUCAAUAUCGGUCUUGGCAAAUUCUCUUUUGGGAUAAACGUCGUUCUUUAUACACACUUGUUCAUACUCUUGCCUCAGAUAAGCUCGAUCCUACGUUAUUUCAUAUACAAGAAUUUAAAACUUGCAAGAUCUAGAGCAUACGCUUUGACCGUUAGCUCGAGAGGUAAACCUCAUGAAUUCUGGUCUCAGGGAUAUAUCGAGGAAUGGUCACAACCACCUUCACCGGCAAGUUCAGGUCAAGUAGAUAGUACCGGAAGAAGAAUAAGGAGCGAUACUAAAUGGAUAAGUUGGUUGUUAUGGUGGCCCACUCAAUUGGUCUUGAGGAAAUACCUCUUCUUACCCCUCUCACCAUCUUUACCUCUCCUCGCACCACUGGUCACUUCUUUCCUAAGAUCAAUAUCCACAGGAGAAUACCUUCAUCAACCGUAUUUCGAAACUAAAGGUAUGAAUAAUGACGACAUUUGGAGAUGGGUAGAAGAGCGGAAAUGGGCUUAUAGGGCAUUCGGUUUCGCUGCAUCAUUGAUCGAAAGUGUCCCGAUCAUAGGAUUAUUCUUUUCCAUUUCGAAUAGGAUAGGAGCCGCCAUGUGGGCGUUCGAUCUCGAAAAGAGACAACAUUUAUUUUCAGCACGAGUCAUAAAACCACUCUUACCCAAUCAAGUAGGAUUUUACGGUAUGGGCAAAGUGGAUGAUCUAGGUGUCGAUAUUCAAAAAGCUGAAGAUGAGAUUGAUAAGAAAUUCAGUAAGAAAUCGAUGGAAUCUUCAUCUCACAACGAUAACGACCAAAAUAUAUUGGAGAUUAAAGGUAAAGGUAUCGGAGUAGCUGAAAGUGGAAGAGAAAAGGUUCUAUAA